CUUUCUUUUUAACUUUCUUCAUCAGCAUCAUUUCAAAAAAAAAGUAUAUAUACCCCCCACACACAUAUUCAUGACAAAAUCAACACUUCAUUCAUCAACCUUAUAGGAUGAUCCAGCCGCAUUUGCAUUCUUUCAACAAAUGACACAGAACCACCAACACCAUUUAUUCAUACAACAGCUGCAUCAACAACAGAAUUUGCAUCACCAAAUACAACAGCAACAACAACACUACCACCACCAACAGCAGCAGCAGCAGCAGCAACAACAGCAACAACAGCAGCAGAUACGACAACAUCAUGGUCUACCUUCUAUUAUGGUACCACCGCAAUCCCCCACUCUAUCCAGUUACUAUUUCGAAAAUGGCUGGGUGAAUCACUACUAUGAUCCAAAGCGACGCUAUCUUUCCACUACAGGACAAGAGAAUAUGGCCACCGCCCAUCCUGCUGUUCGCAAACCCUCCAUGAACACAGAGACCACGGCCGGUCUCAUGGAAGCCACUUCAAUUGCAGCAGCAGCAGCAGCAGCAGCCGUCAGCAGUAGUAAUACGAACAGUUCAUUAACCAUGAUUCAACCUUGUAGCAAUCACGAUACAUGGCGAGAAAACCUCUUGAAAUUUGCCCAUACGAUCUACUCCAUGUCACCGCAAAACCCAUUUUUAUUAGACCUGCUGCAUAAAUUACACGCCAUUGCACCGACCGAUUUACCGACCUUGUUAUUGUUGGCAUGUGUGUAUUAUUCCUUCCAGGACUACCAGCAAUCCUUACGCUACAAUCACUUGAUUCUGAAAUACGACGCUAAUUAUGUGGAGGCCAUGAGCAACAUUGGAACCACUUUGAAGAGUAUUGGAAAGACAACCGAGGCGGAACGUUGGUGGUAUCAGGCCGUACAAUUAAGACCGGGUUAUUGGGACGCCGUUGAGAACUUGGUCGGCGUACUCUGUUGUUCUACCAGUGCGCGAUACAAGGAAGCUCUGUCCGUGUGUGAAUUCGUCGAACUCUUCUUCUUUUCGAAAAAACCGACACAGCAUCUUCAGAUUCAUCAAUUGCCUCGUCUCUUAAACCUGUUUUAUGCGAAAGGCAAUCUAAAAUAUGCAUUGGGGGAUAUUCUAGGUGCUCAAAAGGAGUAUGAAAAGGGUUUAGAAUUAGCCUUUGGUGGAAUUCGAUUGAAUUCCAUUUGGGACCUCUUGAUCUUUGCUUGUUCUCCUUUACCUACCCCCCUUCCUCCUUCCGCUGCCGAAAAUAGAGACACUUUGGUCUUGUUAUUGCCCGAACAAGCAGCAGGUAUCCUUCAUAUCUUGUUUCCUAACACCGAGGGGGUCCUGCCCGGUCUGACCACCACUACCGCCGAAACCGUACAGCAAACUAACCAAACGACUUCCACACUCUUAUUAACCUUGGCUAAAUUGUAUCAGGACAUGAUGACCCCAACCACGGCGGCUUUGACGUUAGCUGCUUCGACAGCGGGUACACCCACUUUAUCCACACUCUUGCCCCUGUAUUAUCUCAGCCUGGCUUUACAACCCAGCCCUUCCACAGCCAAUAAUCUGGGUAUCAUCCUCAGUAACAUCUCUGUCUCAGUCGCUUCCUCCGCAUUGACAUUGGGCACACAUCAAUUCACCGGCACCAUGUUGGCCAUGAAGUAUUAUAUGUACGGAUUACAAUUGGAUCCACGUCACCCUCAUCUCUACACCAAUUUGGGCUCACUCUUAAAAGAUAUGGGCCAUCUAAAUGAAGCUGUCAAUAUGUACGAGAAGGCAGUAGAAUACAACCCUCGGUUUGAUGUGGCGUUGGCGAAUUUGGGAAACGCCAUUAAGGAUUUGGGUCGUGUGCAGGAUUCGGUACAAUGGUAUCGACGUGCCGUGGAAGUCAACCCGAAUUUUGUGGAUGCUGUAUGUGGAUUAGUGAAUUCCCUAAGCGGUGUAUGUGAUUGGCGUGGACGGGGUGCGGUGGGUGAUGAAGCCAGUGUGGAUCAAUUUGGAAAUUAUUUCGCUGCGACGGGCGAGUUUCAAAAAUCAGGUUGGAUUGGUCGUGUUGUGGAGAUUGUCGAGAAACAAUUAAAUGAAGGUGCCAUGUGGGGUGCGGGUGUAUUAAAAAGUCCCUCCGUCUCGCAAGGUAAGACUGUAGGAGAGUAUCUGGUAGAACACAUGUUACAAUGGCAUGAGAAUGCCUCGGUGUGGAAAUCGCGUUUAAAUUGUUUUGGCUUGAUCAGUCAUGUUAAACGCAAUGAAGGAGGCUGGCUCAUUCGAUGGAUGGAAAGAUUCAUGCGCCGUUUACAACAUGCUUGGUACAUCCAGACUUAUGGUAACACCAUUCAAGCAAACAUGUUACAUGCAAGACUGGUGGUCACACCGGAAUUGGCUCAAAGGUACAAGCGGCCCUUGAUUCCGGCUUCCUUAACGACUCCACCUGUACCUACCGUCCUACCCUUUCAUACAUUCACUUAUCCGCUAUCUGCAAGACAAAUAAGACUGAUCUCACAUCGUAACGCCUUACGUAUCUCACAUACCGCGUUGAAUUCACCUUGGUUACCCUCUCAUGUGUACCCACCCCCUCCACCUCCUACACAACGACUGAAAUUAGGCUAUGUCUCUUCUGAUUUUAACAAUCACCCGUUAUCCCAUCUGAUGCAAUCGGUAUUUGGAUUUCAUGAUAAGACCCAAUUUGAUGUCUAUUGCUAUGCGACCACAGUCAGUGAUGGAUCACCCUACCGACAAAAGAUCGAAGCGGAAUCGGAGCAUUUUUACAACGUUUCAAGCUGGAGCAAUGCACAAGUGGUGGAGAAGAUUGUGGAGGAUGGGAUCCAUAUUCUGGUGAAUUUAAACGGAUACACUAAGGGAGCACGAAACGAGAUUUUCGCGGCAAGACCGUGUCCUGUGCAAUGUUCGUUUAUGGGUUUUGCAGGUACGUUGGGUGGCGGGUGGUGUGAUUGGAUUAUUGCAGAUCCCAUUGUCUGUCCACCCAAUAUGGUCAGUGGAGAGAUCUGGCGGCAACGUGGUAUCACACAUCCCUCGGAUUUCGAAGGCGAUCUGGAUCCGGAAGAACUGACCGAUGAUUUCGUCUAUACCGAGAAAUUCAUCUACAUGCCCCACUCCUAUUUCGUCAAUGAUCAUAAACAGGGCUUUCGCGAGCAUCAGGAUACGCUCUGUGACACCAAAGAAUCCGCCUGGCUGGCCGAAGAAGAAAAGCGUUGGACUAUGCGACGUCAAGUCUUCCCGCAUUUACCUGACAAUGUCAUCAUCUUUGCCAAUUUUAAUCAACUGUAUAAAUUAGAACCGGGUACCUUUCGUUUAUGGUUGCGCGUACUGGAACGUGUGCCCAAUUCUAUCUUGUGGCUAUUGCGUUUCCCGCCGGCGGGAGAACAGCAUUUGAAACGUUGCGCUGUGGACUGGGCUGGACCUCAAGUGGCACAGCGUGUCGUAUUUACCGAUGUUGCACCCAAACACGUUCAUAUUCAUCGUGGUCGCGUGGCCGAUAUCUUUCUGGAUACUCCCGAAUGCAAUGCACAUACAACCGCGGCGGAUAUCCUAUGGUCCGGUACACCCAUUGUCACGUAUCCCAAAUAUAUCCACAAGAUGUGUUCACGCGUGGGUGCUAGUAUCGCCAUGGCUACGGGGUUUGGCGAUGAAAUGGUCGUGAUGAAUGAAAAACAAUACUUGGAUCGUGCUGUGGAGUUGGCUCAUAGUCUCACUUACACGUACCAUACAUCCAUACAUGGUACGCCCAGUCGACGCGGUCAUGGGACUCUGAUGGAUUUAAGGAAACGCUUGUUUCUAUCACGGGAUCAAAGUCGAUUGUUCGAUACGCAACGAUGGACAAGAAAUCUGGAAAGAGGGUAUACAGAAGCAUGGAAACGUUGGGUCACAACGGAAGAAUUUGAAGAUCGUGUUGGAAUGGAAAAAUCCGGUUGUAUUUGGGUUAUUGAUCCAGAUGAUCUCUAGGAUUUAUUAUAUAUAUUUUUUUUCUACACCACUUUACACCACUCUACACCAACCCUCUAUAUUUUUAUUUUUCUUUUUUUAAAAAAAAAA